CAUGGUGGUGAUAGUCACAGUACUUGGGCAGAAUCGGGAGAAUCACCGCAAUUUCAAAACCAGCGUCACCUGGCAGGGAAAUCAGCUGAACUUUGUUUUUAGGAAAGAAGAGGAUAUUUCAUUCAGGUUUUCCCGAAAUUCUUGUGCGAGGAAGUCAAUCCAGAGUGUCAGCUUAACACAUCCCUCUGGUCACCGACCAUCUCCUGAGACCUAAGUCCGACCCACAGGAAACCUUUGGGUCUCGUCUCCCGGGCGACAGAGAGACCCACCCCCACCCCGCCUCCGCUCGCUCGCCCGCGCGCGCUGAUGACGUCACGAGACGAGGCUCUCUUACGCCAAGGUUUCCGGCCCACCAUCUUUGUCGCUGGCAAACUGGGUUUUGCGCAGUGGCUUAGACCUAAGAGAAAGAAUCGUGACGGGCAGGAAACCAUUACACCACCAGCCCGGCUGUGCUCUCUGGCUGCCGUCGCCACCCCGCCCUCGCCUCUGGUGAGUUCGGGGCGGCCGGCUUCGGGUGUGUCUCCUAGCUGGUUGGAGGUGCACAUUAAAGAUCCAAAAUCAUGACUGACUCCAAGUACUUCACAACCAAUAAAAAAGGAGAAAUCUUUGAGUUAAAAGCCGAACUCAACAAUGAAAAAAAAGAAAAGAGGAAGGAGGCUGUGAAGAAGGUGAUUGCCGCUAUGACCGUGGGGAAGGAUGUUAGCUCUCUUUUUCCAGAUGUGGUAAACUGUAUGCAGACUGACAACCUGGAACUAAAGAAGCUCGUGUACCUUUACUUGAUGAACUACGCCAAGAGUCAGCCCGACAUGGCUAUCAUGGCUGUUAACAGCUUUGUGAAGGAUUGUGAAGAUCCUAAUCCUUUGAUUCGAGCCUUGGCAGUCAGAACCAUGGGUUGCAUCCGGGUGGACAAGAUUACAGAAUACCUCUGUGAACCCCUUCGCAAGUGUUUGAAGGAUGAAGAUCCUUAUGUUCGGAAAACAGCAGCAGUCUGUGUGGCAAAACUCCAUGAUAUCAAUGCCCAAAUGGUGGAAGAUCAGGGAUUUCUGGAUUCUCUACGGGAUCUCAUAGCAGAUUCAAAUCCAAUGGUGGUGGCUAAUGCUGUGGCAGCAUUGUCUGAAAUCAGUGAGUCUCACCCAAACAGCAACUUACUCGAUCUGAACCCACAGAAUAUUAAUAAACUGCUUACAGCCCUGAAUGAAUGCACUGAAUGGGGCCAGAUUUUCAUCCUGGACUGCCUGUCUAAUUACAACCCCAAAGAUGACCGGGAAGCUCAGAGCAUCUGUGAGCGAGUUACUCCCCGGCUGUCCCAUGCCAACUCAGCAGUGGUACUUUCAGCGGUAAAAGUCCUAAUGAAAUUUUUAGAGUUAUUACCCAAGGACUCGGACUACUACAAUAUGCUACUGAAGAAAUUAGCUCCUCCACUUGUCACUCUGCUGUCUGGGGAACCAGAAGUGCAGUAUGUCGCUCUGAGGAAUAUCAACCUGAUUGUCCAAAAAAGGCCUGAAAUCUUGAAGCAGGAAAUCAAAGUCUUCUUUGUGAAGUACAAUGACCCUAUCUAUGUUAAACUAGAGAAGUUGGAUAUCAUGAUUCGUCUGGCAUCCCAAGCCAACAUUGCUCAGGUUCUGGCAGAACUGAAGGAAUAUGCCACUGAAGUAGAUGUUGAUUUUGUUCGCAAAGCUGUGCGGGCCAUUGGGCGAUGUGCCAUCAAAGUGGAGCAAUCUGCAGAGCGCUGUGUAAGCACAUUGCUUGAUCUAAUCCAGACCAAAGUAAAUUAUGUGGUCCAAGAAGCGAUUGUUGUCAUCAGGGACAUCUUCCGCAAAUACCCCAACAAGUAUGAAAGUAUCAUUGCCACUCUCUGUGAGAACUUAGACUCCCUGGAUGAGCCCGAUGCCCGUGCAGCUAUGAUUUGGAUUGUGGGAGAAUAUGCAGAAAGAAUUGACAAUGCUGAUGAGCUACUAGAGAGCUUCCUGGAGGGUUUUCAUGAUGAAAGUACCCAGGUGCAGCUCACCCUGCUUACUGCCAUAGUGAAGCUGUUUCUCAAGAAACCAUCAGAAACGCAGGAGCUGGUCCAACAGGUCUUGAGUUUAGCCACACAGGAUUCUGAUAAUCCUGAUCUUCGAGAUCGGGGUUAUAUUUAUUGGCGCCUUCUUUCAACUGACCCUGUGACAGCUAAGGAAGUAGUAUUGUCUGAGAAGCCUUUGAUCUCUGAGGAGACAGACCUCAUUGAGCCAACCCUGCUGGAUGAGCUAAUCUGCCACAUUGGUUCUUUGGCAUCAGUGUACCAUAAGCCUCCAAAUGCUUUUGUGGAGGGGAGUCAUGGAAUCCAUCGCAAACACUUGCCAAUUCAUCAUGGGAGCACUGACGCAGGUGAUAGCCCUGUUGGCACCACCACAACAACCAACCUGGAACAACCUCAGGUCAUCCCCUCUCAAGGUGACCUUCUGGGGGAUCUCUUAAAUCUUGACCUGGGUCCCCCAGUGAAUGUGCCACAGGUGUCCUCCAUGCAAAUGGGAGCAGUGGAUCUCUUGGGAGGAGGACUCGAUAGCCUGCUUGGCAGUGACCUUGGCGGGGGCAUUGGAGGAAGUCCGGCAGUAGGACAGUCUUUCAUUCCGUCGUCAGUGCCUGCAACCUUCGCUCCGUCACCUACGCCUGCUGUGGUCAGCAGCGGUCUGAAUGACCUGUUUGAACUCUCCACAGGGAUAGGCAUGGCACCCGGUGGAUAUGUAGCUCCUAAGGCUGUCUGGCUACCUGCAGUAAAGGCUAAAGGCUUAGAGAUUUCAGGAACAUUUACUCACCGCCAAGGGCACAUCUAUAUGGAAAUGAACUUCACCAAUAAAGCUCUACAGCAUAUGACAGACUUUGCAAUCCAGUUUAACAAGAACAGCUUUGGUGUCAUCCCAAGCACUCCUCUGGCCAUCCACACACCACUGAUGCCGAACCAGAGCAUUGAUGUGUCCCUGCCUCUCAACACCUUGGGCCCAGUCAUGAAGAUGGAACCUCUGAAUAACUUGCAGGUGGCUGUUAAAAACAAUAUUGAUGUCUUCUACUUCAGCUGCCUCAUCCCACUCAACGUGCUUUUUGUAGAAGAUGGCAAAAUGGAGCGCCAGGUCUUCCUUGCAACAUGGAAAGAUAUUCCCAAUGAAAAUGAACUCCAGUUUCAGAUUAAGGAAUGCCAUUUAAAUGCUGACACUGUUUCCAGCAAGUUGCAAAACAACAAUGUUUACACCAUUGCCAAGAGGAAUGUGGAAGGGCAAGACAUGCUGUACCAGUCCCUGAAGCUCACUAAUGGCAUUUGGAUUCUGGCUGAGCUACGUAUCCAGCCAGGAAACCCCAAUUAUACGCUGUCGCUGAAGUGUAGAGCUCCUGAAGUCUCUCAGUACGUCUAUCAGGUCUAUGAUAGCAUUUUGAAAAACUAAUAAACUAGACCACUACCCUCCAAGCCACCCUGUAAUCGGUGCACACCAAGAACUGUUAACUGGAACUGUACUGCUGUGUAGAAUCUGAACCCACACAUACUACGGCACCCACCCAGGUAGUGACCAAGUCUACCCUGUGCUGACAUUAGAGCUCACCUUGUUGGAUAGUUUUAGCUUUCUGUGAACAUUUGUAACCGCUGCUUCAGUCACUUCCCGCCUUUGCCACCUGCUGCUGCUCUCUGACCUUACUGUGGGCUUCUCCAUGUGCCAGUGGCUGGCCUUUUCUGUGCCCUCUUUUGAGUGUAGUGUGAUUUUUUUUUUUUUGUAAUUGAAAGCUCAUUUCGAAAGCAGAACAAGACAGCAAAUAUUAAAGCAAGGAAAAGUGUCACUGAAACAUAAGCUGCACUUCAUUGUUGUAUAUUUUUGUACAUAUGAGAAACUGAGGAACUGUCCCCAGUGGAAAGUGUUGAAACAACUAGCCAUCAUUCACUGUAGUCUAGAGGCCAAGAUGCAGUUACUGGCCCACUCAGAGGGGUUCUGUCCAUGGCAACCUUGUAUUUGGUCAUUUGGAUUUUUGCUUUUUUUCCCCCUCUAGCCAAAAUACUUUUUUGACCAAGCCUUCGAGCUCUCUGCUGCCCCGUGCUGUAUUCUUAUUUGAUUGCUGCAUACUUAGUAAUGGUGAGCUUCACUGAAUGGUGUUUCAAGUACAGAAAACCUAGGGCCUGUCAGCACCAAAACUGAAAGAAGUUGGAACUUCCUACAUUCCUUUCCACUGAACCAACCCAGUAAUGACAGGGACUCGGGAAGCUGGGUAGAGAUACGAGCAGGAACCAAAUGCUCUCCCCCAGCCCCUUUCCCUGUGGUUCUCAGGGCCAGUUCAGAUCUCCAGUCAGAGUCUAGGCCAACUUUAAUGACUCACCCAACCCUGUUUUCCUAUAAAGGAAAAAGAAAGGCAAGAAGGUCAGUCAUUCCAUUCGUUAUUGCCAAGGCAUCUUGGCUGUUCUGCAGCAGAGCUGAGGCGGGUCUCCUCAACUUCCUUCAGUGCUGUUCUCACUGAAGGACUUUCCUGUUCUUCUCUCAAAGCCCGCUUUCCCUGUGUCUACUCUGGUUCUGCAUACUCCACACUGUUUGGCACCCAUCCAUUUGUAGACAUCAGAUGACAGCAAGCAUCUUUCUCAUUUACUUGAAGGUACUUCCAGAUGUCUCAGUGAAGGUGGAACUAACGUGUUCCAUGGGUUCAAUGAGCCACGGUUUUUGAGGCCAGAAGGAAGUGCACAGGAGAAGUGAGCUUAGGGCUGUUGCCAGUUUGCAUUAUCCCCUCAUCUCUGAUCUGCUCUGCACUCAGUUGCAAAGCAAAUUAGAAUCAUCCCAGAAGGUCAAGUAGCUCUUGUCACCUCUCAAAAGACGGGUAUGUGAAGUCUCCUCAACACAUUAAGUGUGAUUGGUUAAAGAACACCUCAUGCCCAGGACACUACCCUGCUUAACACUGUCCACACAGUUGCAGAUCCUAGCACCCGGUAUUUGGGAUCUGUGACCAAAACAGCUCUUCUCAGCGUCCCCUGCUGAAGUCAGAAGCACUCCAGGGUGCAGAGACCUUCUGUUGGACUCAGACCUAACCCACUGGACUCAGAGAAGGGAUUGUAGAAAAUCAGAGCAGAAGCCAGCCCCCAGCCACUCUGUGUCUGCAGUGACCCUGCUUCAUACCAGCUGCAAAACCAGUGGAGUGUGAGGCCUUCAGUGUACUUUCUAAGAUCUUAAGAAUCAGAAUUACUAAAUGAUGAAAAGGAAAUACAUCCCUCACUCUCUACCGCUUAGGCUUGUGGGAAACAGGAUAUAACACAGGGUUAUGUGUGGAAGGUGGGUAGGUUGGUGAUAUGUAGGGUAGGAAAGAAAGCAAGUUGAUAAAGUUCCCUUGUUGAGACUCAUACAUGGAGUCAGUUGGAUACAGGCGCUAUAAGAGAUUCACACUACAAACACUGUGCUCUCAUCUCAAAGCAAACUGUAGUUCCAGAAGGAAGAGAAUGUGUCAGGACAAGCAGACAGAACAUGCUUUUAUGCCAGGAUAUGUCCUUCAACCCCUGAAGCUAAGGCUUCUUUCAGCCUCCCCACCACUGAUGGAUAACAGCUGCUGUUCUCUGCUGGCCUAACUGAGCCAAUCCAUAUGAUGUCUUCCCUCCUGGGGGAGCCUCCUCCCAUUUGCACCCCAGGAAGAGCUGGGGAGGAGCUCUGCUUCUUGGGAAAGAACCUCUCUCAAAGAGACAGCCUGUUGCCUCUGCCACAGCUUCCCCUCAGGCCCCUUUCAAGCUUGGCCAGAUUAAGGGAGCUGGAUACAUGCCCCCACACCCCACUCUCUGCCCAAGUGUGUCUGAUGUUACUGGCAUACAGAGGGCUGGGGAGGCAAGCACAUGCCCAGGGCUCUUACUGGUCAGAGAUUUCCUGUCCUCACCCAGUCCUGUUCCGUGUGUCUGUAUGUGAGGCUUGGGAUGCUGGAGGAGCAGGAGGAGGGGUAAAGGCUGUCCUAAGAAUGCUUCUUAUUCUGUUCUUGUUGGGAUCUGUUUGGGCGGGGGGGAGUUGGGGGAAGCUUGACCUUGUGU